AAUAAUGGAUACAGUCGUAAGUUUUCAUGUUUACAAUGUCUCGAAUGAUAUUUAGAAAAAUUCAGAGCCAACGCAUGAAGAGAGUUAUGCAAAACGAAUGUUAUGAUUUACCUAAUGAAACAGAAAAGCAUUGUAACGUUAUGUACCGUGUCGGUCAGCAUCAAUCUUCUGUUAAGGGGCUGCCUGGCUAACAAAAUUAAGAAAGAUUUCCAUGACGAGUUGACAUUUUUAUCCAAUAAAGCCUCAAUUGAGAAAGCCCGAGAUAGUUUUGUAGACUCCGCCGCUUGGGAUGUUGAAUCGGUAUUGCGUCUAACUUCUAUGUUACGCGCAAGCCAAAAAGCAGAGACUGAAGUUGAACAACAGCAAAUCAUGCCUGGACGUCGAUUUAUGAAUUAUGCAGAUUCAUUAAAAGCUUUCCCUAGCUUAUCUCAAGACCAUGAAAAUAAUAUCUACUAUGACAUGGAUGCCACACAUAAUGAGCAAGAAACAUGGAACUCCGGUUUAAAUGCAGACAACUCAGUUAUAGUCAUCACCAAUCCUUCAGAAGCACGCCUGCCUGCAGACACAAUCAGUGUUAAAUUACUCAGGGAGACAAUGGAGGCAAGAGCUAAAGCGGCAAGAUCCACACCGUCAACCACAAAAUUGAGCUAGAAGACCAAGUUUUGAAAUUGGAAAAGACAACAUAUUUGAAAGGAACAAUAUAAAAUGAAUGCACAGGAAAAUAAUUAUAACAGAAACAAUGUACUUUUAAAACAUAA